AUGUCGUUCCGCAAAAGAAAUACUGUCAUUCAUGCGCCGAUGCCGUCGUCACCAUCCCAGACUGACAACAGAGACACACUCCCCGGCACUCGUCCAUCACCAUUAGAUGGUCGCUUGACCACGUCAACUGGUACAUCUUCGUUGGAUCAGCUGCUGGCUGGUCAUGCGGGAUUGCCACUUGGAAGUUCUCUGUUGAUUGAAGAAUCCGGAACGACGGACUUUGGAGGUGUUUUGCUUCGCUAUUUUGCUGGAGAAGGCCUAGUUCAGGGACAUCAAGUCCACGUUCUCGGCGUUGGAGAAGCCUGGCGCCGAGAGCUUCCCGGUCUAGUUCAAGCGAAGGAACAGCCGCCUCAUACACAAAGUUCUCCAUCCGCAAGUAAAAUGAAGAUAGCAUGGAGAAACCAGGUCUUGACGCACAACGUGAAGCUGCACUCUCCAAAAGUUCUAGCACUUUUUGUCACUCGUUUGACCUUUCGAAGAGGCUGGGAGCAGACUGCGUGCGCGGCCGGCUUCUGA